AAACCACUUCCCAUUUCCCCUUCCACCAAAUCAAUCCUCAAAGGAAAAAAAAAAAAAAAAGAAAUCAAACUUUAAGGCGAAAUUUGGGAACAAUGGCAUUUGAAAAUGGGUUAAACCUCGAUGCGACGGAGCUCCGCCUUGGACCACCGGGCGUCGACGACAAUAAAUUACAAGAACAACCUCAAUCUAUCAGAAUCAACAAAAGACCGUUACUAUUACCAGAAUCCAACCAAAGUUCUUCGGGAUCAAAUGUAUCCGUUUCCUCUGAUGCCACUCUUGACACUCCACCUCCCUCCAAGGCUCAGAUUGUGGGAUGGCCACCGGUUCAAUCAUUUAGAAGAAAUAGCCUUCAAGGGAAGAAGACGACGGUGGCGGCGACAACGGCGGCGCUGGAGAGUAGUGGAAAUUUUGUGAAAGUAAGCAUGGAUGGAGCACCUUAUUUGAGAAAAAUUGAUCUUAGUUUAUACAAAGGAUAUCCUGAACUCCUCCAAACUUUAGAAGACAUGUUCAAAUUCACCGUAGGUGAAUACUCUGAGAGAGAAGGCUAUAAAGGAUCUGAAUACGUUCCAACUUAUGAAGAUAAAGAUGGUGAUUGGAUGUUGGUUGGAGAUGUCCCAUGGGAAAUGUUUACGUCAUCUUGCAAACGAUUGAGAAUCAUGAAAGGAUCCGAAGCAAAGGGAUUAGGAUGUGUUGCAUAAAGAAAAACAAUAUUUUAAGAGAUCAGAACAAAAUCAAUGGAAGGAUUGAGACAAGAGGAAAAAAAUUGAAGGCUUGGGUUAUCGAAGAAGAAAAAGAAGAACAGAAUGUAGGAUUGUUAUUAUUAAGAUUUUAAUUGUUUUUUGCUCGAGGAGGAUCUUUCUUCUUCAAAGAUGGAAUUUUUCCUUUUUCUAUGCAGCCAAACAAACAGAAAAAAAAAAAAAAAACCAAAAUCGGAUUUGGAUUUGAAAAACAAAAAGAUUGGCAAAGAAAUUUGGAUGUUUUUGGGGGAUCGUUUGAUGAUAUGAUUCUUGCUGCAAUUUGAUCAUCUUUAUGAGGAAGAUAAUCACGAGUGUCUCAUGGUGGGAAUUUUAAUCCCAAUUACAUAUCAUUAUCUGCAAGGAGCAGAGAGAAUGAUUUGUUUUUAUUAGUAUUAUUAUUGAUAUUAAUGUAAUUUUGAUGCAAAAAAAUUAUAUUAAUUAUAUGAUCAUUAAAAUUUGUUGAUUAUAUUAUAUCAA